UUUCCUCCUGUAUUUUAAAAUACAUUUGAAGCACUCCUAAAUCUGUUGUUUAUUUAGCAUUUGAUCAGAAGAAAAAGGACAAAAUGGGCACAGCAACAUUCAUAGACAUUCUUCUGGCCAUCCUCUUGCCUCCUCUUGGUGUUUUCCUCAAGUGUGGCUGCGAGAUGGAGUUCUGGAUCUGUCUUUUGUUGACUCUCUUCGGUUGGCUACCUGGUAUUAUCUAUGCUGUUUGGGUCCUCACCAAGUGAUGAUCAAUAUC